AUGACUCUUGCCCGGCCGGCAAGAUGUCUGUUCUGCAGCUUCUCCCGUGCUGCCACUCCGAUCACGCGAGUUCCCCGUCGCCAAUUCCACCCGACACCGGCAUCAUUGUCGAAGCGGACUCCGAAGUUCCGUAACAUCAAGGCCGCUCCGUACACCGAGGAAGAGCAGGCCAAACUGGCCAAGGUGUACUCGUCCGAGCAAUUGGAGGCCAUCAAAGCCGGCGAGGCCGCCAUCGACCCAGAGGACUUCGCCGAGCAAUUCCACGAGCGUGCCGACCCGUUGGCAUUCAAGUACCUAGACGACUUCUCCGUGAUCGAGCCCAGCGUCGACCGCAAUGUUCGCGCCCCCAAGUCGAACUCGGACUACAACAUGAAACUCAAGAGCGAGAGCGAGUUCAUGGAGGACUUUGGCCGUUUCUUCGCCGAGGGUCCCGAGAACCCGACAGGUGCUGACUUUGUCCGGUUCGCGGAAUCACUUCGCGUCACCAAUGGAAAGGAAGAGGCCGAGCUGGAUCCUCACAGCGUGCUGGUUCCUGACCUUUUCGGCCCCAACGAGACUAUCGACGAGCCCCGUGUGGAAGAACGCAAGACCGCAGAAGAGCGUGGUGAGAAGGAGCGUUCGUUGGCGGCAGAGGAGAUGACUGAUGCUCUCAAGAGCCUUCUCCUCGCCACGGGCUACACAGAGCGCCAGGUCAGGGAUCUGCGCACCAAGACCCUGGUGUCCCACAGCGUCGUGAACCAGACUCGUCUGGGUAAGGUCCGCCGUGCUUACCGCCUUUCCAUCGCUGGCAAUGGCAACGGUCUUUUGGGCAUCGGUGAGGGCAAGUCUGACGAAGCCUCCGAUGCGAAGAUUCAGUCACAGUACCGUGCUAUCCGCAACAUGCAGCCCAUCCCCCGCUACGAGAACCGCACGAUCUUCGGUGAUGUUGAGGGCAAGGUCGGAGCCGUGGAGUUGCAAUUGAUGCACCGUCCCCCAGGCUUCGGUCUCCGUGUCCAGUACCUUAUCUACGAAAUGUGUCGUGCCGCUGGUAUCCACGAUCUCGCUGCGCGGGUCGGACGCUCCCGGAACAAGAUGAACACCGUGAAGGCCGCCUACGAGGCGCUCAUGAGCCAGAAGGAUCCUGAGGAAGUUGCCCGGGCUCGCGGUAGGAAGAUGGUCGAUGUGCGCAAUGUGUACUAUGCAGGCAAGGUCUAA